UCUGGCCAGAAGCAGUCUGGCCACUGCCAUCCUCGGUGCCGCUUCGGAUAACCACCAGCCUCGCAUCCCCAACAGGCAUUGGAGCCCGGGGCUCUGCUUGGAAAUCGUCCUGGACAACUCUGUCCUUAGAGCUCUAGCAGAUUAUUGCAUCUUUUUUUUUUUUUUUUCUUCCCUCCUAGCGCAGAGAAAGUGAGCCUGGAAAGGGAAGGUGGGGGCGGGGACACCCCAAAGAAUAAAUAAAUAAACAAAUAAACACUGGCUACUCGCCGCCGCUGGACGCGGUCAGUUGAGUCCAGGUUGGGUCGGAACUGAACCCCUAAAAGCCAGACCGCCUCCCGCCCUCCUGCGCGCCUGGAGCUGAGUCGCCAGCGGCGGUGGGCGGCAGAUGGACCGAGAGUUUCCUCUAGCCCUGGAUGGAGCUGAACUUUGAGCUGCCAGAGGAGCGCGGCGGUCCGGGGAUCGCAGCGUGCUAAACUCUCCGGGCGAGACCUAGCGGCGGCUCUGGAUUUUUUUUGGGGGGGGGCGGGGACCAGCUGCGCGCCGGCACCAUGUUCCUGGCCACUCUGUACUUCGCGCUGCCACUCCUGGAUUUGCUCCUGUCUGCCGAAGUGAGUGGCGUCGACCGCCUUGACUGCGUGAAAGCCAGCGAUCAGUGCCUGAAAGAACAGAGCUGCAGCACCAAGUACCGCACGCUAAGGCAGUGCGUGGCGGGCAAGGAGACCAACUUCAGCCUGGCUUCCGGCCUGGAGGCCAAGGAUGAGUGUCGUAGCGCCAUGGAGGCCCUGAAGCAAAAGUCUCUCUACAACUGCCGCUGCAAGCGGGGCAUGAAAAAAGAAAAGAACUGCCUGCGCAUCUACUGGAGCAUGUACCAGAGUCUACAGGGAAAUGAUCUGCUGGAAGAUUCCCCAUACGAACCAGUUAACAGCAGAUUGUCAGAUAUAUUCCGUGCCGUCCCGUUCAUAUCAGAUGUUUUCCAGCAAGUGGAGCACAUUUCGAAAGGGAAUAACUGCCUGGAUGCGGCCAAGGCCUGCAACCUUGAUGACACCUGCAAGAAGUACAGGUCUGCCUACAUCACCCCGUGCACCACCAGCAUGUCCAACGAAGUCUGCAACCGCCGCAAGUGCCACAAGGCCCUCAGGCAGUUCUUUGACAAGGUCCCAGCCAAGCACAGCUAUGGGAUGCUCUUCUGCUCCUGCAGGGACAUUGCCUGCACAGAGCGGCGGCGCCUGACCAUCGUGCCUGUGUGCUCCUACGAAGAGCGGGAGAAACCCAACUGUUUGAAUUUGCAGGACUCCUGCAAGACGAAUUACAUCUGUAGAUCUCGCCUCGCAGAUUUUUUUACCAACUGCCAGCCAGAGUCCAGGUCUGUCAGCAGCUGUCUUAAGGAGAACUACGCAGACUGCCUCCUGGCUUACUCGGGGUUGAUUGGCACAGUCAUGACCCCCAACUACAUAGACUCCAGCAGCCUCAGCGUGGCCCCGUGGUGUGACUGCAGCAACAGUGGGAAUGACCUAGAGGAGUGCUUGAAAUUUCUCAGUUUCUUCAAAGACAAUACAUGUCUCAAAAAUGCAAUUCAAGCCUUUGGCAAUGGCUCCGAUGUGACUGUGUGGCAGCCCGCCCUCCCAGUACAGACCACCACUGCCACCACCACCACAGCCUUCCGGGUCAAGAACAAGGCUCUGGGGCCAUCAGGGUCUGAGAAUGAAAUUCCCACACAUGUCUUACCACCUUGUGCAAAUUUGCAGGCGCAGAAGCUAAAAUCCAAUGUGUCAGGCAAUACACACCUCUGUCUUUCUGAUCGCGAUUAUGAAAAGGAUGGUAUCGCUGGUGCUUCCAGCCACAUAACCACAAAAUCAAUGGCUGCUCCUCCCAGCUGCGGUCUGAGCCCACUUCUGGUCCUGGUGGUAACCACGCUGUCCACCCUAUUAUGUGUAUCAGUGGAGGAAACAUCGUAGCUGCAUUCAGAAAACAUUAUGGACAUGUGAAAAGACAUAGAGAGAGAGAACAAAAAACAAAAAAACAAAAAAAAAAAACCCAAGUAAUCUGUUUCCUGUCCUCUUGUAUAUCUGAAAAUUCAGUUUUAGAAGCUCAGUUGAAAAAACGGUUUCAUCCAACUGGAACUUUGUGUUGUUGUUUUUAAGAAAGCUUCUUGUGAUCCUUCAGGGCUUCUGUGGAAAGAGUGUUGCAGGCUACAUUUCAAACUCAGAAGGCUUUGGGGCAUGCUGUAUUUUAAGGGGACCAUUUGUAAAUUGGACUGUAAAGCAAACUAAGGGUAUGUUUUUGAUGAUGAUGAUGAUGAUGAUGAUUUUAACAGUUUAAACUCUGGCCUCUCUACUGGCUAGAGAAGAAGAUGGUAUUUCUAAAGAUUCUUCUGUAUCUUAUUUAAUGGCUUUGAUUUCUGAUGACAUCUCUGCAACCUAAUGUGGAUGACAAGGUGUCAUCCAGAGGGAACUUUGUAGAAACAGGCUUGUACUGAUGUUCACCUUUGUCUGUAUUUCUCCACCGUAGUGUACGGCAAACAGUUCUGUGCGCUCCUACAAAACAGAAAACACGUGUCACAGCCAAAUGUAGUCUCUGUCUUUUAGUCCAAUAGAGAGGGAGAGUAGGUGUGGCCCUCACAUAGUACCUGGAUCGUUGACUGACACUCUUGAGCCUGGCCUGAGCAAGAAGCUGUUAAACUAACAAGAGUCAAAUAUAGCUGAUGAAGAACUAAUUCUCUUUACACCUAA